GCUGGUCGCCCGGUUCUUCUGCACGGUGGGCCGAGGCUUAGAGCCCUUCCUGAUGCAGGAGGUGCGGGCGCGGCUGGAGGCCACACAGGUCGAAUAUAUUUCAGGGAAAGUUUUUUUCACCACCUCUUCUGACUUGAAUGUGCUAAAAACAUUAAAAUCUGCAGAAAGAUUAUUUUUGCUGAUUAAAAAGCAGUUUCCAUUUAAUGUUUCAUCUGUAAGUAAAGGAAAAAUGUUUAGUGAAAUGCAAACACUUAUAAAUGAUGAUCCUGAGAGUUGGUUGAAUGCCAUUUCAAUUUGGAAAAGUCUUCUUGAACUUGAUGCAGAAAAGGAAAAACUUUCUCAACGACACGCUAACCCACUAAAAAGAAAACUGGGAGAAAAUGACACCAUCAUUUCUAAGAAAUUAAAAACAGAACAAAUGCAAGCGACACAAGAGAUUGGGGAUUGCCCGCUGGAAAAACAAAUAGAAGAAGAAACAUUGGAGCAAGGAAACUUGCUUCCUAAAAGAGAAACAUUUCAAGAAGAAUUUCAGAAUGGUAUAGCGAAAGCAGUUAAUACUCAUAACCAGAACGGCUUGACUUUCAGAGUUUCUUGUCGCUGCAGUGGGACUGUUGCAAAGACCUUUACUGCACAGGAGGUAGGAAGAAUAAUUGGAAUUGCUCUUAUGAAACAGUUUGGAUGGAAAGCAGAUUUGAGGAAUCCAAAUUUAGAGAUCUUUAUACAUCUAAAUGACAUGUACUCUGUGGUGGGAAUUCCUGUGUUCAGGGUUCCUUUAGCCAGCAGAGCUUACAUCAAGACGGCAGGACUGAGAUCCACCGUAGCAUGGGCAAUGGCCUCUGUCGCUGAAAUUAAGGCUGGUAUGUUUGUUUUAGAUCCAAUGUGUGGACUCGGCACAAUACUUUUGGAAGCUGCUAAAGAAUGGCCAGAUGUAUAUUAUGUGGGUGCUGAUGUCAGCAACUCACAGUUACUAGGCGCAUGUGACAAUCUGAAAGCUGCAGGCCUGAAGGAUAAAAUCGAAUUACUUAAAGUCUCUGUUAUAGAAUUGCCAUUGCCUUCAGAAAGUGUCGACAUUAUUAUUUCUGAUAUUCCAUUUGGGAAAAAGUUUAAGUUAGGAAAAGACAUCAAAAGCAUUUUACAAGAAAUGGAAAGAGUGCUUCAUGUUGGCGGAACCGUUGUUUUGUUGCUUAGCAAAGAUCACCACAGGCACAUUGAAGACUGUGAGGGGGGCGGCAUCCCUUUGAAUUCCAAAGGCAGCCACACAGAUGUACGUGGAAUUGAAAAGUGCUUGAUUCCUGAAGAAAAAACUGGCAUAUCAGAGACAGUGCCAUCUUCAUCGGAACCCAGUAACCGGGAAUGCUUAGACAAAGUGCCACCGUUUGGCUCUUUGGUGCCAAUGGAAUGCUACAAAGUUAGCCUGGGGAGGACAGAUGCAUUCAUAUGCAAAUAUAAGAAGUCACACUCUUCUGGGCUCUAGCAGGCUACAUACUGUGAACCACGUUCAAGUCCUCAAAUGUCAGCUCUGCAGCUAUAGAAGUGGUGGUCUCCAGGAUCUUCAUAGUGCCCCAGAGCUCAAGUAGACAAAUUCCCCUGAAGACAGGAGGCCUGGCUGCUGAAACAGGUUUUUAGUAAGAGUUUCUGCUUUAGACUCUAAAGUGCUUAACGUUUCUGACAAAGAACAGUUAAUUAAUAUUUAAACUGAAGUCCUCUUAAACUUUGUAGUCUGUCACAGUACGGGAAGUUCUGCUCUGUCUGCCUCGUUUCUAAGCAGAAGCUUCAACAUCGAAACCAGUUUCAGAGGUUCACAAAGUAUAUCACAAUCAUCAUAAGAUUAGCAAUGUUUUAACUAGCAGAUUUUUUAAAUGUAGAAACUUUUAUGUUACUUCUUUUGAUAUUAAACUUGAUUUUUUUUCUAUCUAUAACUUUCUUCUCCAUUGGAAUGAAAAUAAUUUUAUGUACAAUACAUUUUAUGUUAUAUGGCCCAUAUUAUGUAAAACAUCAAUAGGAAUAAUAAUGAUAUAAGUUGAGCCAAUAUCCUCCAACAUGGUAGAAAAUAAAUUUUGCUUUUUUUCUAAAAGCUUUAAUAAAUUGUCACUUCAUUCUUGUUUAAAUUUAA